AUCUUUGUAAACACCAACUUUUUUUAGGAACUUAAUUGCUGGGAGGUAGUAUAUAUUGUCAUUCGAAAAAAUCGUUGAAGUGCUGAGUUGCCAAAUCCUUUCUACAUCAAGAAAGUUCAAAGUUGAGGAACGUUUGGCGGAAUAACCGGUGUCAUUCUUGCGUAUCCAGAAUAACCGGAGUAUAUUUUUGGGCAGAAUAUCCGACAAGUAAUUUCUAAAUUUACUACAUUAGUUUUCACCGGCGAGGCAACCAUCACAAUUGAGGGAAUUCAUCUUGGUGUUUAUCCGAUUGGAAGUUGGGAGUAGUGGGGGGUUUUGCGGCAGUUGGUUUGGCCCUAUUAGAUGAGGGAUGGUGGUUUUGCAGUGAGCGGAGGCGCCGUUGCUGCCGCUGAGGGUUAUACUAGUGACGGAAUAUCCGUGGCUGGCAGCAGGCAGUGUUCAGACACAGAAAACCAUGGCCAUGUCAAUGAAAGUGCAGAUAAAUCCCUGCUUGCUAUAGUGAUUGCUGCAGAUGGUUCUGUCAAUAAACAGGAAUCUGUUUCUUCCCCAGAGCCUGUCCUGAUAACUCACACCCUAGGAGAGAAAGGUUGUGCUGAGACUCUCAAGAAGCCUCACUUAUCGAGGAAUGAAAGCUCACAUGACGAGUGCAGGGUAUGCCAACAGGAGAAGGAAGAGGAUUUGAUAGAACUUGGAUGCCACUGUCGUGGUGGGCUCUCAAAUGCACAUCGUACAUGCAUAGAAACAUGGUUCAAUACAAGAGGCUCCAAUAAAUGUGAGAUAUGCCAUCAAGUAGCAGCUAAUGUGGCAAUCCCAGAGUCCCGCACAGCUACAAGUUACUUGGUUUGGAGGAUCGAUCCUUCAUUUAGAGGAACAAAUACAGCGCAGCAACCGGAUAGGGGCUGUUUCAGUCCACUUGGGGUUGCAUUCUCUAUCCUCAUUGGUGGUCUCUUAUUGGAUCUGCUAAUAUCCCUUACUCUCGGUGUGUCUGCACUACCAGUGAACAUUAUUAUAGGUGUGAUAGUUGUGCUUGGCCUUGGGACAGCUCUUCGGCUUGCACUCGAGUUUUGCCAUGAUUGGAAUGUUAGAAGAGUAGUACAUAGGAUGGAAGCAAAUGUCGCUGUCGGUUUUAAUCCUCCCUUGUAGGUGGAAUUGAACCUAGAAGGUAUAUAUGGAGUCAUAAAAGACCACAUUACUUCAUGGGUAAGCUCUCGCUGGCUUUUGUGAAUCAACUCCUGGAAGACAAUAUAAGAGCUUUUGCAAUUUGAGUAAUAAUGAUGUUUUCACAUUUUAAAAUAUGUUCUGUGAGUCAGUGCAUUUAUUUGGGCAGGUCUGGCUCUUGGAAUAUGAUUGACCUUGCUUUUUGAUCAAAUUUGUGUAUAUGAUGUUAAAUGCCUUUUUUU